CUUAGAAAAUGAAGAUGAUUCCAGCAACUCUUCUAGCCAUUUUCAUUCUACAUUCCACCACCAAGACCUUGUUAGCACAGUCGCCGGCUCAAUCUCCAGCACCGCCAGUUCCGACAAACGUGACCGCAAUCAUCGAAAAGGCGAGCCAAUUCACCACAUUCAUCAGACUACUCCGAAGCACACAAAUGGAGAGCCAGAUAAACACUGCCCUCGGAAACUCAAAUCAGGGCCUCACUAUUUUCGUCCCAACAGACAAUGCCUUCAACAGUCUCAAACCGGGCACUCUCAAUUCUUUAUCUGACCAGCAAAAAGUCCAGCUCAUGCAAUUCCACGUUGUUCCCACUUACCUAACCACAGACCAAUUCCAGACCGUCACCAAUCCGUUAAGGACUCAGGUCGGGGGAAACGGCGAUUUUCCACUUAACAUCACGACCUCGGGAAAUCAGGUCAACAUAACAACGGGAUUGACAAAUACUACGGUAUCAAACACGAUAUAUACAGACGGGCAACUCGCGGUUUAUCAGGUCGAUCAGGUCUUGCUACCAAUCGGGGUUUUUUCACCAUCGUCGCCACCGGCACUUGCACCAGUGGUGGCGAAGGGAAAGAAGAAGGGCCAUGGUUCAUCGGGGAGUGACGAUGGAGGUGGUUCGUCAAACGGAGUGAAAGCCACAGCUAGUCACUGGCUUGGGGGAAUGGUUUUUAUGAGUGUUCUUGUUCUUGUUAUAAAGAUUUAAGAUUCAUGCAUGCUUAUUUAUUAUGUUUGUUUGCCUAUAUUAUAAUUGAAAUCUUAAUUAUGAACUGAGGAAAAAUUA